AUGGGCGCACUCAAGAGGGUGGUCGAUAUCAUCGCCCCGCCCGCGAAGCAGGGCGAAGAUGGACGUGACGUGUGGCCCAGUCGAACUGCUUAUAUUCUGGCUGCGAUGGGUGGUGCUGUCGGUCUCGGAAAUGUCCUCCGCUAUCCCUCCCAAGUUUACAACAACUCCGGAGCGCAGUGGUUCAUCCCAUAUUUCAUGGCCAUCUUCCUUGUCGCCAUUCCUGUCCUCAUCCUCGAAGUGGCGCUCGGCCAGGCCUUCCGCGCCGGAUCAGUCGUUGCUUUCAACCAAGUGAACAAACGCCUGAAGGGUGUUGGUCUCGGCCUCAUCUUCAACGGGUACACUGUCAUCGUCUACUAUGUCGCUAUCUUGGGAUGGGCCAUGCACUACUGGCGCAGCGGCUUUACCGCAAACCCACCCUGGGCUGGUCGCAAUGACGAAUACUUUAUGGAAGAGGUCAUCCGCAAUGGCGCCCGAAAUGAAGCCGACGACGGCUGGGUCAGCUAUGAGGGCCGAGGCUUGGUGCCUGAGACCACAGGCUGGGUGCUUUUCACCUGGGUUCUCGUCUGGCUGUGCAUCUGGCGCGGUGUUGGCACCACUGGACGUGUCAUCUAUCUGACCAUGGGUCUGCCUAUCGUUCUCAUCAUCAUCCUCAUCGGUCGCGGAGCUUCGCUGCCCAACGCCUGGGACGGUAUCCGCCUCUACAUCGGCUCCUGGAACGGCGGAAAGCUAGCUAGUGGGCAGAUUUGGACUUCAGCUCUCGGCCAGGUGUUCUUCUCGACUGGUGUCGGUUUCGGCUACUUCACAUCGUACGCCUCCUACCAACAAAAGCACGCCAACGCGGUCCAGGAUGCUGUCAUCAUCUGCAUGUCCAACUCAGCGUUCGAAGUCUUCGCAGCGUUUGCUGUGUUCGGCGUCAUCGGCUUUCUCGGCAUGACUCCUGACCCAGAAUCCCCUCUGGGCAGUUUUACCGUCGCUUUCUACGCUUAUCCCGAGGCUGUGGCUCAGAUGCCAGUAUCUGGACUCUGGAGCUUUUUCUUCUUCUUGACCCUGAUGUUCCUCGGCUUGAGCAGCUCUUGCGCCCUGAUCGAUGCCGUCAACACCAUGGUUAUGGACCUUCCGAUUGGCAAGAAACUCGGCCGUGCUUGGAUCGUUACCAUCACCUGCAUCUUCUCCUUCUGCCUGUCUUUGAUAUUUUGCUCCCGAUUCGGAUACUAUCUUCUUGAUGGAGUUGACACCUGGAUCAACGAUACUGCGCUGAUCUUUGUUGUCAUGUCCGAGUGUGUUGCAUCGACAACGAUCUAUCGAUACAAGGAAGCCGCCAGCCAAGUCGGUAUGAUGGCCUGGUCCGUCUACCAACUUGCGUACUUCCUCGCUAUCUUCCUCGGCGUUCUCCUGGGACACAUCGUCGAUGAGCCCGUUGGCGCCGGCGUCGGCUUCGGUGUCUACAUCAUCGGUUCCAUCAUUGCGGUGCUCGUUGCCAAGACUCCCGACUGCGCCGCUUCCAGCUUCUGGAACAACAAUACCUUACUCAGCAAGUUCUGGUGGAUGGCUUUCUACUCGGGUGAACAACUCCGCCGCGAUCUCAACGUUAUCGUCGGAGCUGGUAAGAACUGGAAGAUCCCCUCCUUCUGGCCCUUCCUUCUCCGCUACAUCAACGGCCCCCUUCUCUGCAUUGUAUACUCGUUUUCGUACGACAACUUCCGCGAUCCUAGCAAGAACAAGGACCCGGUCCACAUCUUCGGUUUCGCCGUUGCCCACAUUACCAUCCUGCUGAUCGCUCUCGGCCUCAUCGUCCCUCGCUUCUUUAACAUUCUCGUCCCCUACGAGCGUCGUGAGGAUGGCAACAAGACCUUUGCCCCCAACGUCACUCUUGGCAUCGAUGGUGUUGACAGCGGCAGUCACUCUGUAGAGGCUGGCACCCACAGAAUGCAGCCCGAUAUGACUGGCUACGACGCCAACAAGGAGUUGCCUCUCACCACCGGCCGCGAAUUCCACAACUACUGA